AUGAAAAGAAGGAACCUUUAUGACGAUAGAGAGCUUGUUACAAAGGUUCUCUUUCAUUCAAUGCUCUCAGACCUUCCAGCUCAUGAAGUUGAUACCGAGGUUCCUAUAGAAGUUUACUAG